CUAGUAGAAACACAAACUUCAUUAGGUUCUCAUAUCCCUCUCAUUUCUGCCUUAAUACCCCGCCGCUCUCCUCCUCCUCCGAUCAAUGGCUCCAAAGAAGGCCGCUCCACCUCCAUCUUCCAAGCCAGCAAAAUCUGGCGGUGGAAAGCAAAAGAAGAAGAAGUGGAGCAAGGGAAAGCAAAAGGAAAAGGUGAACAACAUGGUUUUGUUCGAUAAGGGUACCUACGAGAAGCUUCUGUCUGAAGCUCCUAAGUACAAGCUUAUCACUCCUUCUGUCCUUUCCGACCGUCUCAGGAUUAGUGGAUCACUUGCUAGGAAGGCAAUCAGAGAUUUGAUGUCUAGAGGCUCAAUCAGGAUGGUGUCUUCUCAUGCUAGCCAGCAGAUUUACACCAGGGCUACCAACACUUAGUGUGCGUUAAAUUCAUUUGCUUAUAAAGCUCUUGCAGGGCCUACUUGUUUUAGACAUUAUCUAAAGUUAAUUUGGAAUAUCACGACAGUAUGAGCUACUACAGCUAUUUUGAGCAAUAGGUUUUGUGAUUGCAGUUACCCUUGACUAUGUUUCGCGUGUGUAGCCUAUUUAUUUGAAUUAUCUAUCUCUACUUAUCUUAGAUGUUGAAACUGGA